UUGUUUCAUUUGAGUAGUUAUGAUAAAUGCACGCUGAGUGGCUUUUAAGAAAGUUGAAUUUCCAAUAUGGUAGGAGAGGUUGUUGUUGUUGAGCGGGUUGUUGUCAUGUCCCCGCAGUGCCUGUAGUGGUGCUGUGAGGAGUCUGCUGUGGAUCCAACAAAUAUCCUCAGCAGCUACCUACUGCUUGUAAUUUGCUCUGGAUAGCAAAUAUUUACAUGCGUCCUUAUUUUGAGAAAAUUUGAGCUCGAUGAAGACCAGCGUUACCGUCCGAUCCGGAAUAUCGAUGGCCAAAUAGCCUAGCUGAGACUAAUAGACAUUUCGGCCGUCUGAUCUGGAGCGAAUACCUUGCGCAGCCCAAACCAGUUCAAGGUAAGCCGAGUCGUGCGCAGCCCCGACCUGGUUUUCUGAGCGGGCCGCUUUGCGCUCGCUUCAGUCGGACUUCCGUUUUUACCAGAGACCGCUGCCUUGCGAGAUCAAAAGGCCUUUCCUAAUUAUGUUUCUUAUUUUGUGGUGAUCCUCAAAACCUUUUCCCCCUGCGUGGAUGUACGCAAAUACCUUAUGUUAACACUCCGAUCCCCAAAAUGAUACUAACGUCACAUUAUAUAACGAUAAUGGUCUUAAUUUGUAUCGAUUCAUGGCGAAGGCCUCGGAAACCAGGCCUAUAGCCUUUGUUCGUAAUUAUAUAAGCGGAGACGCGUCGUGUUGGUUUAUAUUAAUUGAUUAGAAGGGCCAAGUAACAGUUACAGGCAACAUUAUUUUAUACUUAUAUUUUUGUUAAUAAAACUUAAGCAAAUAUAGCUCUUUUGAGGGUUCCCUCCAUUUACACACCGGCGCACCAGGCAGACGAAAUUUGCGCUCGGCAGACCCGCUCACGUCUCGUCGUCACGAGGCUUCCUUGCAUCCAUUAAGAACACCUAACAUAGCUUUCCUGAUAAAUUGUAUUAAAUGUGUGAUUACAAUCAGCGGGGCUACUGAUUCUGAUAAAAUACAUGAGAAAAUCUCCGCUCAUUAUAACUUCUAGCCGGGUCGUGCGCCGGUACAGAGUUGUGGAGCGGACUCAAUGUAACGUUUGCUGAUAUUUCCGUUUCCUGGUGAGCUACCGCCUUCUAAUUUAGUGUUUUUAGCUUUGCUAGCUUAUUAGCAAAUGAAGGCUUUUGCAUGUGGUUCUUGAUGAAAAAUAGAGCUGGGAGUAAAUGUAUACAGUGGUGCCUUCUGGAAUUGGGAUUGGCCUGUUGUUAGAUUUAGAGUACUUUAGAUUGUCACACUUAAAAGUUUAACAUGUUCCAUCGGUUGUUUGAGCUAAUGUAGCUUAAUGUUAGUGACGGUUUGUCGCUUAUCCGGUUCUCCCAUGCUUGACUGAAGUUUUUCUUAAAUUAUGAUCAAUACGGAUACAAAAGGAUAAAUUCUUCUGGUCACUGUGUGUUUUUGUUGUAUUUCACCUUCUUAAAGUGCACAAUUGUCCUCAAGAGUUUUAGAAAACAAAACUUUCAAAUGCGUCGAAAUUAAAACGAACUGAUGUUGUCAAGAACAAGAGUCACGUGAUGUACGAAGGCAAACACAUACACUUCUCAGAGGUGGACAAUAAACCGUUGUGUUCCUAUAGUCCGAAGCUGUGCAAGCAGCGCCGACUAAACGGCUAUGCGUUCUGCAUCCGGCACGUUCUGGAGGAUAAGACGGCUCCCUUCAAACAAUGUGAAUAUGUGGCAAAGUACAACAGCCAGCGGUGCACCAACCCCAUUCCAAAGUCAGAGGACCGCAGAUACUGCAACAGCCACCUGCAGGUUCUUGGCUUUUUACCCAAGAAGGAACGGAAGAAGAAACACGAUGCAUUAGAGGAGGUGCGUCCUCGGGCGCACCUGGAGUCGGUGGCUCUCAACAUAACUGUGCCCUCUUUAGUUUUGAGAGCUCCCAACGGAAUAGAUGAACUUCCACCAUCUCCCCCCUGUUCACGCCUGUUACCGCUCCCCGAUGGAGAGCUCCUGGAUCCGUUUGCCUUUUACGAGGAUGACACGGACGGGGAGGAGGUGGGCACUCCUCAGAAAGGCAACAGCAUCAAGAAGAAACUACAGAGUCGGCUGGUGCUCAACCAAAAACUCUGCCAUGACACAGAACUCUUCCAGUCAACUCCCGAGCACUUUACGGCCUCCCCCGUUUCCCGCGUCCACCCUUCGUCACCGCUGAACACUCACCUACCCCUUCAGGCAUCAGGUCUUCUCCAGCAGUCUCAACACUCCAGCGUGACUUCCUUCCCCUUCCCAGGACAGCAGCAGGGUUUUUUAUGCAAUCCACCUCCAUCUCAGACGGUCAACUUUCUGCCUCCAGGGAUGCCCGCGAACAUGGCACCCAGUCCAGGGCAACAUUCUGGACCAUCGCUCAGCAGGAAAAUGCCUUUCACUGCUACUCAACUGCCUGUCAACUGCAAGGAUGGCGGUAGUAACAAUCAGCGGCGUGUGGUCGUCAUGCGUCCCUCGGCCUUCUCACCUUCUGCCAACUGCCUCACCAGGUUGCAACACCUGGUGCAGCUCUGUGCCAAGAGACAUCGAGAGCACGGAGACCUCUUUCCUCAUCUAGGUUUGGACUGGUCAGAGGACAGUGCCGAAAAUGACGAUGAAGAAGAAGAGGCAGAGAGAUAUUCUCCUUUUCAAGGUUCAUGGAGACAAGAGAAUGGGUUGGAGGACGGUGGGGGUUCUUCACGGAGGACGCGGCUACUUAGGCUGUGCUCAUACCUUCAGGAAAAAUACAAGCACAUGUGCAGGCAAGAGAGGGCGAGUAUCCGCCAGAAGAGAUACCGUUAUGCCUUCCGCAAAGCCUUGCUGCAUGCCGCGAGCAACAACCCCGACUGUGCAGGGCAGCUGAUCCAGGAGCUGAGUGGUGCCUCUCGCGGCUCCUCGUGUCCCAUUCCAGUUAAGCUGCCCAGCACAGAUUCGGUGACCUGCACUGGCAGCACAAAGGGUCAGCCCUGCAGCAACAGAGCCCUGCCCUUCACUCGACACUGCUUUCAGCACAUUCUGUUGAGUCGUUCCCAGCAGCUCUUUGCUAGUUGCACAGCCAAAUUUGCAGACGGGCAGCAGUGCUCCAUCCCGGUGUUUGACAUUACGCACCAGACGCCCCUCUGUGAAGAGCAUGCCAAAAAGAUGGAUAAUUUUCUGCGAGGGGACGGAAACCGACGAGUGCAGCACCAUCAUCACCAUCACCACCACCAGCAGCAGCAGCGAAAGCCACGUAAAAAGACCAAACCGCCGGCGCUCACCAAAAAACACAAGAAGAAAAGGAGGAGAGGGCCUCGAAGGCCACAGAAACCUAUACCACCAGCGCUGCCGCAGGGGAACCUGGGAAUGCCCUCAACGAGCCUCUUGAUGACCUCACAGGCCAGCAUCAGGAGCCCUUCAACUCCUGACCUGAGCACCGAGGAGCUUCCUGAUGACAUCACCAGCGACAUAGCAGACAUUCCAAACGACCUCGAGCUCAACCAGGAGGAUUUCUCUGAUGUGUUACCAAGACUAUCUGAUGACCUGCAGGACUUUGACUUAUUUGAAGGUAAGAACGGCGAGUUGCUGCCCACCACAGAGGAGGCUGAGGAGUUAGUACGUGCGCUGCAGGCGAUGGCGUCUUAUCCAGACUCGUUGGUGUGCCUGACCUCCAUGGGAGACCUGACCUCUGCUGAAGGAGUGGACCACAGAGCCAUGGCGGUGUUUCCUGGACCAGUCCAGACGGGCGGCAUGGGAGACCUUCUCCACAGCCGCAUCCCCACAGAGAACUUCCCCAGCCUGGAGCUGGAGGACAACCUGCUGCAGUCCACCGGGGAUCACUUCUCCCCCUCACCACCAUCCCAGCCGGCUAGCCUGUCCCCAGCGUCGUGCUCCAACCUGAGCUCAUCCUCUGCUGUGGCCACCACCAGCAUCUCCUUGCUCACCCAGAACUCCUUAACAGAGCGAACGUUUCCUCGGACGCACACGUCCCACGUCCUGACAAAGUCGGAAGGGCCCACGUCAUCUCCCCAAGCCAGCCACUACAGCAGUGAGCACGUGCCAUCUCCGUACAGUGACCAUAUAUCUUCCCCCCACGCCAGCUCCUUUCAAACAGACACCCCUUUGCUUCUCGAAGUCCCUCUCAGCGGGGUCCCAGGGGCCCCACGCUCAACGUGGAACAACCUCACCCUUCCCCUCACUGACCCCACGCAGUUCGGCAAUCUCAUAAGGUCAGAAGGUCAUCUCAUAUCCACCUCCCUGUCCACGCCACCCGCCACCACCCACUCUGUGACUUUGCAGCCCAUGGCGGCUCUCUCAGUGAUGCCCCAGAGCACUAUGACAGGCUUGUCCACUCCCCCCAUCCCCUCAUCCUCCACUCACAAUCUGUUGACCUCAACGCAGCCCAAACAGCAGCUCCCUCAGUUCAGUGCGGCCUUUGGCCAUCAACUGGCCUCUCACAGCGGCAUCCCGAAAGACGUGCAGCCGAGCCACAGCUCCACGGCGCCCCCUGCCGGCUUCUCUUUAGUUAGUGCCACCGCUGCAAGUGCCAACAGCGCCGCGCCGCCCUUCACGCAAAGCAAAUGAGUGAGACGGGUGCAGCGUUUGCAUGAUGACGUGUGGACUCAGUCACCGGCUUCUUGGUCACCACCCUGUUCAUCUACUUUAUGUGGUGACGGUGCACUGUUUCAGGAUGAAUUUGCACAAUCUGGAUUUAAUCGUUAGCAUCUUUUCUCCUAUUUUGCAACCAGAUGGUAAGAUUUAAAGUAACUGAGUCCACGUGUUUGUCCAUCAGCAGGAGGGGGCGUCAGUCCGAUUCUGCGAUUAAAACGAACGGGUGAAGGACCUCAACAGAGAUUUAAUUCAUCAGUGCUCAGAAAUCCUAAACUCCUCGAUCGGGGAUCAGCUUCAUUUUCUCUUUUAAAGGGAGAGUCUGGAUUUUUAAACUUGGGGCUUUAGUCAUAGCUUUUGGACAACCUCAGUUUGAAGAAAGAUCAAUUCUGACGGGAUUGACUUGCUAACAGCUAGUCCAAGACCAAAGUAAAUUAGCUGCUAUCUUGAAACAGUGCUAAUCUGAAAGAUUUCCUACUAGUUGCUAUUGUAAAGAGCCAUCACGUUAUUAGUUAUUUAUAUGGAUGUCUGUAAGAAAGCUAAACUACAAAUGAUAUUCCAGCAAAACAAGUCCCUGUUAGCAGUAGUAUCGCUAACAGCUAGCUGCUACUGCUGCUAUCUGUACUAUGUGCAAAAAGCGUUAGCAUAAAACUCUGUAGGAUUAAAGUAGUUUUAAAUGCUCUUAACCAACGUAGAUCUUUCUUAGAUUAGCCGUUAGCUUAUGACAGUCUUUAUUUCUUCAAACUAAAGCUGUUCAAGGGGCCUAACCUUUUUUCUGACACCCUACUUUAAAAGUUCUGCACUGUCUCUUUAAAUCCUGUCUUCUAAAGAUCAACUGUACCCUGCUUUGCUCAGAUGGCCAUUGCAUUAUCCCUCCACCCUUCCUGUUUUAUACACUGCGUCUAAGAAAAGAAAAAAAUAAGCGUGCUCAUUGUGACAUUUUUGUAACCCAUUAUACUAUUUAACUGUCAUUAAAUCAGAUUUCAGUCGUAAAAAUUUACCAAAAAAAAAAAAACCUUUUUAAACAGCUGUUUUUAUACCGUGUAUAUUGUAUAUGUGCUCAUUUAUUAAUUUGCUCAGAUGUCGAUUCUCAGACCUCACCGUUGUUCGUGGCACUCUGAGAGGCUCAGUAGACGAGUUGAAGGUAAAAUCAAUCUAGUUUCUUAAAGCAAUAAACACAUUAGCAUCAUGAGGUAUUAAAUUCAUCACGUGUAGCCUCACUCGCUGAAACCAGCCUGUUUUUUUUUUCCUUUUUAAUCCGUUCAAGCCAUCUUCCUUUCUCACGAGUCAAAGAAUCAGUGAGCUUCAGUGUUACAAGGUGAGGAUGAUGAUGGAUGAUGGUGCAGUGCAGGGAUUUUUAAGUGUCUACUCUCACAGGUGCUCUCUGGUCCACGCAUACAAUAGUUUUCAGCCACCUGCAUGUCUCAGAGAAGUCAGAUUACACGGGAUUAGGACAUAAAUUAGAGAUGUAUCAUUUACUCGCAAGCCAGGUGAAACCAUGAUGGUGUAAAGUGUCUUUGCACGUCUAAAAGUAAAGCACUGUCUAUUUUAAUCGUGAUUUCCUUUUUUUUUUUAGCUACGCAAUGCGGAGGUCUGGGUGUAGUUUUAGGAAACGAGUCCCCGUCCCGUCCCCUCCUCGCUUCGCCCAUUCUCUCUGAACUCACACAGGCUUUUUUAACCAAUGAAACAAAUGAUCAGACAUUGUUGCAUACUAGCUACAUAGAAUAGAGUCUAUCUUGGGGUUUGGUGAUGCAAUGGAUUGGAAAAUGUGUCAUUUGCGAUGUGUUAAGUGGAAACCGUGUCUCGUGGAGUGAGUUUUUGUCUUUAAUAGCUAUCAAAACGGAAGAGAUCGCUGUUUGUGUGUGCUGUUUUGUCUUUCUGAUGGAGAAUAUUUUUUGAUAGCUAUUAAAUUCCAGGAAAAAGUCAGAUUUUUUUUUUGUGUGAGAGCAUUUUGACAUAAGAUAGUAGCUUGCUGUUAUGAAUCAUUGGAUUGUAUACAUGAUGUUGUUGGAAAAAUGCAGAUCAAUGAACUGUUUCAACAGAUUUGCACAAGAGUGGAUGAGAUCAGUGAUGUUUUCAAUUGUCCUUUAUAACUUGAUUUUUUUAAUAAUUUUUUUUUACUCAUUACACGCACAGUUGUCAUGAGAACCAGCUAGAACUUUUACCAUUUCCAGUGAAAAAAGCGCCCAGAUUCUUUAUUUUCCCCAAAAAUUUGAAGCAUAAACAUUUUGUUACACUGCAGAAGACUGGGAUUCUCUCUAACUGCAGAUUUCUCUAGAAACAAGAAAAAGUCAGAAAAGAAUGAAUCUGUUUUGAAAUGUGGCAAUACUGCUGUAAUCACCUAGCAUGAGAUUUUAGCGGCUGCACCAGUCUGCUUCAAAACCACGUAGAACAAAAGCGUACAGGGCUCGUAGGCACAGGUAACCGCUUCGACUUCAGACGGCUGACAAAUUCCUAUACCCGUUGAAUGUACUGUAUUACCGUUUUUAAAGAUAGGACAAGCUAAUCUAGUCACCUUUUGUUAUUGGUCCUCGUUUGAUUUGUCUAAGGUAUUUUUUGUAUACAAAAGUUUACAUUUUUAUGUAUAUUUUUCUUGUGUACAAAUGAUGUUAUUGUGUACAAACACUGUAUGUAAUAUCUGUAUAUAGUGUGAGAAAUUCGAUCUUUUGUUUUUGGAUGUAUAAAUAAAACUUGCUGUGAGGUAUUUGCUGAAAGA